CGGGCAACAUGAAAGUUAGUUUGUUUUUGUUAAUUGUUGGUGUGCUCGCCUGUACAAUCGAAGCUCGAGGUAGAGGAUACGGUGGCAAACAGUUUGGCAAGGUUCGAGGGGGAUUUCGUGGCAACGGCAAGCGAGGUGGCUUCGGAGGUGCCGAGGGCGAGCGACCAGAAUUAGGAGAAUAUGACAUCAGUACAAUUUGUAAACAGGAACAGCCAUGCCCAGAAGGAAUUGAAUUUCCCGUCUGCGGCACUGAUGGCGAAACCUACACAAGUCCGUGUGCACUACUAAAAGUGAAAUGUGAGCUGAAAGAUGCUGAACUUAGAAUUAACCACCGGGGUGAAUGUGGUAGUGAAGUGGAAGGUGGACGGCCAAACAGACCAUCUGGACCAUUUAACAGGCAAAGGCCAACCGGUAAGCCCAUCUUUGGAGAAAGACCAUCAAAGGGAAACAGGCCUGAAGGAGACUUUGAUGAGCACAGAAGACCAGAAGGUGGAAGAAGACCAGAAGGUGGAAGAAGACAAGAGGGUGGAAGAAGACCAGAGGGUGGAAGAAGACCAGAGGAUGGAAGAAGACCAGAAGGGGGCAGAAGACCAGACUUUAAAAACCUUACUAUACAAGAAGUAUGUGAAAAGAGCAAAAUUUGUUCAGAGAAGUUCGAUAUGCCUACACCCGUGUGUGGAACAGAUAAUGAAACAUAUUCAAGUAUUUGCAGUCUUCUUAGCGUGAAGUGUGAAGAAGAGGACCUCGAACUUAGCUUGGAGUACUUCGGUGCAUGCGGGAACGAAAUUGAGAGACCAUAUUUUCCAGGUCGAUUCCAUAAUCGCAGCCGACCAGACCCAAAAGAGAGGAAAGCCAUGUGUGAACGCCGCGAAAGGUGCUCCAACCGCAGCCUCGAUGGGCCAGUAAUCUGUGGUAGCGACAACGUUACAUAUGAUAACUUUUGUGAAUUCAGGAUAGCAAAGUGUGUUGACAUUUUCCUAACUGUUAUGAAGAAGGGUGAAUGCACAGAAGAUCAAGGUGAUCCAAUGGAGUACUGCGUGAAAUGUUAUCAUGGAAGACCAAGACAAGAUGAAGAGUCAACAGGACCUGUGCUAGAAUCUGGAACAGAAACAGAACCAAAUAAAGAAGAGCAUGAAGGUUUCGGGGGUAGAUACCGAGAGUUCCCAAAAAGACAAGGCAGAGCAAUCAAGUCAAGGCCACAAAGUCGCAAACAUCAAGGGAACAAACCUCAACGUGAAAGACCAGAAGGUGGAAGACCACAACGCGAAAAACCAGAAGGUAAAAGACCAGAAGGUAAAAGACCAGAAGGUAAAAGACCAGAAGGUAAAAGACAAGAAGAUGGUAGACCCAACAGGUUCAGACCAGAAAGUGACAGGCCAGAAGGUGACAGACCAAGACCACAUCAUGGAGGAAGGCACCAUGGAGGAAAACAUCAUGGAGGAAAACAUAAUGGAGGAAGACAUCAUGGCGGUCGUCAUCCUGGCAGACGUCCAGAACACCACGAAGUAUGUGGAACAGAUGGUGUAACAUAUGAAUCAGUGUGUGAACUUAAACGAACAGCCUGUAUCUUAAGAGAAUUUGAUCUGGAUGUUGAAUCCUUUGGACCAUGUGGCACGCCAACACCAGCCACUGAAGAGCUUCUAACUUUUCCUUGAAUCAGUGGUUGUAAUUUAAAUGGUGAAGCGAUGGAUUAAUCGUACACAUUCAAGCAGACAUUUUUUUUAUAUUCAUCUUUUAAACUCUUAAAAGACUGAAAUUACUUCACUGAUCUAAUUGGAAACGUGUUGGCGCCAAGAUGGUAUCAUUCCUCAGUUUUAGUGUUGACGUAUAUCAUAUCUCCCGAUAACUAAGGACAAUUUACGCCAUGCAAAUAUUGUUUCAAAAUUAUGUGCGUACAAUACCUAGGCCUCACAAUGCACUUAAUAACUAGAAUUGGAAAACUGAACAAGAUACAAAAUCUUAAUUAAUAACACCACUAUAAUUAUUCAAAUGCUGACCACAGUAACAUAAUAGUUAAUUUGGUAAAAUAUAUGCAAUAGUUAUAAUGUAUCGGAUUGGUUGUUUUUUUGUUUUUGUUUUUUUUUGUAUGUGUGUAUGUGUAAAAUAUUAGUAUACAAUAUGUUGUUUUUAUAUGGAAGUACCUGUUUAAUCCUACAUGUUUUAAUAGAUUGUUGUAUAGAUUUCGAAAAUAAAUGGAGCUAGAAUCGAA